UCUGGACCAAAGAAAUCAAGCAUCUAUUUGAAUCCAAGGAGAGGUGCAUUAGCCUACAUAAUGACGCUUUUUUUUAUGUUGAUGCUAGUUAGUGGUGAUGGCAGUAUGGCACUACACGCCCGAACUUUCAAGAACGAUGAUCGUUACUCUGGUCUUUCGUUAGUGUGUGACCGCUGUCCACCUGGAACGUACCUCCGCACGCCCUGCAGUGCAACGCGAAAGAGCGACUGUGCGGAAUGUCCCAAUGGGGCAUACACUGAAUUUUGGAACCACAUCUCCAAGUGCCUGCGCUGCAGCAUGUGCGCCGAGAACCAGGUUGUCAAGCAGGCGUGUUCUCCAUCCAACAACUGCGAGUGCGAGUGCAAGGAGGAUUACUACUUCAACAAGAGAUACGAAGCAUGCAUCAAACAUAAAGAAUGUCCCCCCGGGUAUGGAGCGAAUACUACAGGUACACCACAACAAGAUACAGAAUGUGUGCAGUGCCAGGCCGGAUUCUAUUCUGAAGUUUCCUCCGCAAAAGCGACCUGUCAAGCGCAAUCAAACUGCAAAGUUGGUGGACUGCGCGUGGUUCUGAAAGGCCAGGACUGGCACGAUACACUGUGCGCCUCAUGCCAUGACCUCAAAACUCGUGAUGGAGCUGAAUAUCUGCAUGAAAUCCUUCCUACGUUCUUCAUUCAACUUCACCAGACGAUGGGAAUCAAAAGAAUGCGUCGGUUAGCAACGAGACUGCCACAAGAGGGAGGCAAGAAACCGCUCAUAGGAACGGUCAUGAAGCUUAAUAGAAGGGGUCUUCACGACUUUAUGAACAGUUGGGACCUAAGUGCAGGGAACGAUCAGGUUAGGAAACUUCCUGAGGUGUUGAGGAAGAUAGGGGCCUUCAACAUGGGAGACAAACUAGAGCGUAAACUGGCAUAUAUCGACCAGCAAUCCAAACUCUGUGAAGAGUUAGUUGAAGUAGCCCAAAAUGAGUUCAAGUAGCCUGUCAUCCCCAUCUUCUGAAUAACAUCUUGAGCAGGACAGCAAAAAGUUAUUCAGUUCAACAGGUGUCCAUUCAUUUUAAAUGGUCCAUAUAGGGUAUGUGGGCUAUACAGUCUAGACCAGGGUUCUCCAAUAGGUGGAGGCCAAAUUCUGCGCUUGUGUUUUUUAUUUGACCACACAAGUUUUCUGGGCAAAAAGAAGAUGUUUUUUAUAGGCCUAUAUAAUUUUCUUUGUUGGACAUAAAAUACUGUAAAAUCACCAGGAAAUCAGCUCAAAGUCAUUUUAAUUUAGGAAAUCUGUUCCCAAGUAUUCCUACACAUACAUAGGGGUAUACUGUAUGUGAUCGUAUCCCAAUGUGAUCAAGGAUAUUUCAACUGGUGACUAUCUGGCAGAAUAAAGAAAACAAUGUGCUCUCAGUUUCUGCAUAAAUCUGAUAGAUUUCUUGAUGGGACAAACCAGCUUUUUCUGUUAAGCUGGGCUGAAUCGCAUUUGGGUAUACCUUUUUUUCCAUUAUUUAUAACUGUGUUGCGGCCCUCCGACCAUGCACUCAAGGAAAAAUCGUCCCAAGGCUGAAUGUAACUGGGGACCCCAUGUCUAGAUAUAUUGUUUCAUUGAUUGUUUCAUUAAAUGUAUCAUGUUCCUACCUCUGUUGCAAUCAAUGGUUACGCCUUCAAACACACACACACACACACACACAAAAUGUUGCUGUUAUGCAAACAUGUUUUGUGAUUUUGUUGCAUUUUAGGAAAGAUUUCAAGAUUUAAGAAAUAUAUUUUUAUUUAUUUAAGGCACACUUUUUGGAUAUGGAAAAUGUUCUAAUAUAGCAUAAGAUAGAAUCCAUAAAGCUGUCCUUAAAUGCUUUUUGCAAUAAUGUUUCUUCCUUUUCAUGUAAUUGUUCAUGUGAGACACAAGGACUUUGGGCUACUCUUACAUAAAUGUCUCUCUACACUUCAAAGUAUCAUUUUUUUUAAUUUGUGAAAAGUUGUCUUUUAUAUUUUGCUUUAAACUUUACACGGCACAUAUGUUUGCAGUAAUCUCGGCACCCAUAACCAAAUAGACUAUCUUUCGCACACGUAGAUAUACUAUACAGUACAAGUUUCUGAUCUGCUAAAGCCAUUUUUCACUGAGUGUUACCCAUGGAAUGUGUAAUCAGUUCAAUAGUCAAUAAAAACAAUUCAACAUA